UGGCAUAGCAGCAUCGUACAUUAGCAGCAGAAAAGUUUAAGUACUUUGAGAUAAAACAAAGUAAUUUUUAAUUUUAAAGCCCCUGAAAUAGUGAAAUUUGGACAAAAAUCGUAUUUUCUUGAAUGAAAAAGUAUUUUGUCCAUUCUUGCUUUCUGAAUGCCUGCAAAAUGACCAAUAUUCGCUCAAACACGCGGUGGCCUGCAUUGCUGCCAAAUGUCGCUUUCGCGCUUUUACCCCUUCUCCUGCUCUUCGUUUCACUACUCUUCACGCCAACUACAGCGCUUGCGGCAGCUACAGCUUCCGCCGCGACACCCACUACUACCAAUACCACCGCCAAGGUGAAAUAUCCGCAUGCCGCCACCUAUGAGGCGCACGCCAAGCAAUACUUGGAAAAGGCUUCGGCACGCAUGCAGAGCAUUUGGACGCGGCGUCGCAACAGUUUCUUCAGCCUCACCACCAAGGGACGUGGUUACAAUGCCAUCAAUCAAGCGCCAAUAAAGCAAGAAAUCGAAAAUGACUAUCGUCACUUGGUCUAUUCGCUGGCGAUGAAUCUCAGCACAAUACCGGUAAUGCAGCUGAGCGAUCCAAUAUUGCGAAGACGUGUGAGACGGCUCGCUAAAUUGCAACUCUAUGGUCUAACAGACGAGGACUAUGAGGAGGCCAAGGAUCUAUUGCAUACAAUGCAAACAUUUGUCACCACGCGCAUGGUUUGCUCGUUGGGUGAUUGUCAGCAAACGGUUGCCAUGGUGCCGACGAUACUGAAUCAUGCAGUGCGUACCAAGAGUUUGGCAGACUUGGAGUACUUCUGGAGGCAAUGGCGCUCAGUAUUGGCCGAUCGCGAUCGUGCCAAAUCUGCAUUCAUUUCCUAUGUGCGACUACUUCGACUGGCAGCGUCAUAUAAUGGCCACAUAACCCCAUCACGUACCUGGUAUCUGUAUUACGAUACGGAUAAUUUCCAACGUGAGCUCGAGGAUGUCGUUUGGGAAAUAAUGCCACUGUACCAGGAAUUGCACGCCUAUCUACUCAAAUGUGUGCGCAACACCUAUGGUGAGAAAUUAAAUGCUGAUGAUGGUGCCAUACCGGCGCAUGUAUUGGAACAAAUUGUACGGCAAGCUUGGUCACCGCGUACAGUGUUCCGCACACCAUUUCCCAAGAAUCAAUUGCCAACGGUGCAGCAACGUCUGGAGGAGAUACUUGUGACAUCAUUGAAGAUCAUUAAGAAGGCGGCAGAGUUCUUUGAGUCAAUCGGACUGAAUCACAUGUCAGAUUCAUUCUACGAACGCUUUUCACGUCGCAUUGGCGAUGAAGAACUCGGGCCCGAUUGUCGCGCCGAGGUAUUUUACUUUCCACCCCAUGCCGCUCUGCGCUAUUGCCCCAAAUUGGAUUAUAAGAAACUUAUGCAAAUGCAUGGAAAUAUGGCAGAACUGCAAUACAAUCUCUAUCGUGGACAAUUGCCUUUCGGUGUGGACAGUGAACCUUGUCCAGGUUUUGCUAGUGCUAUAGGCGAGGCAGCUGUUAUAGCCUCGGGCACGCCGCGACAUCUCAAUCGGCUGCAUAUACUCUUCAAUCACAGCCUAAACGAGGAGCAAUCGAUGAAUCGGCUAUUCCGCAUGGGUAUUCACACGAUUUUAGCCAUACCGCAGUACUUCAUUAACGACAAGUUUCUGGUUGAUGUUAUGGAUGGUCACAUUAGUGCACAGGACUUGAAUUGCGCAUACUGGAGUUUGCAGAAUAAAUAUGCUGGUGUAGUGCCACCGAUGCGACGCAAUGAGAAAACUUUUGAUCCGGAUUUCAAAUUCUAUCAUGGGUUGAACCCUGAGAAGCCAAGCACAGUGAAAUUGCUUUCGGAAAUAUUGGGCUUUCAGUUUUAUCGGGCAUUUUGUUUAGCCAGCGAACAGUAUAAGCCCGGUGACCCGGAGUAUCCAUUGCACAACUGUGAUUUCUAUGGCAGCACGAAUGCUGGCGAUUUGAUGAAGAAAAUGAUGGAAGCAGGCGCAACCAAGCACUGGCGGGAUUUAAUGGAAAUCGCCACAGGCGAGCGUAAGCUAAGCGGUAAAGGUGUAAUGGAAUAUUUUGCUCCACUCUAUACUUGGCUGAAAGAGCAAAAUAAAAAGAAUGAUGUGGAACCGGGUUGGGAGUCGGAGACCAGAUGCAGCAAGGAUUACUACAGCCCAUCAUAACUGUAUAAAGCAGACGAAGAUCUUAUCUUACUACAUAAUUAUUAUCGUAUUACAUUACUUAAAUUACAUAACUAGAAAUCGAAAUGGAACAAGCUUCAAAAGUUUUAUAAAGUAUCAUACAAAACGAGAAACUAAUUUCAUCUUAGUAAAAAAGUUGUAAAUUGACCAUUAUAAUUCAAAAUGUGUACAUAA